AUGUUAGAAGAUGGAUGUGUCUACAGUAUUAACUAUGUGUGUUUGUGCCCUCAGCUGUUCCAUGACCCAGAUGGGUUUGGGUUCCGUAAGAAGGCUGAUAUGUACAUUAAUGACAUGUGGAACAUUCUAGACUUUCUGUCCAUCCUGCUCUUCAUCAUCGGACUGGCCUUCAGACUGACCACCAGGUUGUUCUAUGCAGGGAAGGUCAUCCUGUGUAUCGACUUCAUCAUCUUCUGUCUUCGUCUCAUGGCCAUCUUCAUCAUCAGUAAAACUCUGGGCCCCAAGAUCAUCAUCGUCAGGAGAAUGAUGUUGGAUAUGUUCUUCUUCAUGUUCCUGCUGAGUAUCUGGGUCGUAGCAUAUGGCGUUGCUAAGCAGGGCAUCCUCAUCCACAACGAGGACAGACUGGACUGGAUCGUCCGGGGGGUCAUCUACGAACCAUACCUUAUCAUCUUCGGGAAAAUGCCCUCUAACAUCGAUAAUGCCCUGUUUGACAUAAAGGCCUGCAGUGUAAAUGGUACAGAGCCUCAAAAGCCUAAAUGCCCCAUUCUUAACGAGGACAAGAUGCCUGCGUUCCCUGAGUGGCUGACUAUAAUCCUACUGUGUGUCUACCUGCUGUUUGCCAACAUACUGCUGCUCAACCUGCUCAUAGCAAUCUUCAAUUAUACUUUCCAGGAGGUUCAGGAAAACACAGACACCAUCUGGAAAUUCCAGCGGUAUGAACUGAUCAAGGAGUACCACAGCCGACCAGCUGCCCCCCCUCCACUCAUCCUUCUCUCCCACAUCUUCCUCUUCAUCAGACGCAGAGUGCUGCAGAGACCCCCCAAUAGUUACAGAGCCUUCAGUGAGUCCUGA